AUGGGAAGAGCUCCAUGCUGCGAUAAGGAGAAGGUGAAGAAAGGACAAUGGUCACCGGAGGAAGAUGCCAAACUCAAGUCUUACAUAGAGCAGAACGGAACUGGUGGAAAUUGGAUUCCUCUUCCACAAAAAGUUGGCCUGAAACGAUGCGGCAAGAGUUGCAGGCUUCGAUGGCUCAACUAUCUUCGCCCAAAUCUGAAACAUGGCUCCUUCUCAGAGGAGGAGGAGAACAUAAUUUGCAGCCUCUUCGUCAGAAUUGGAAGCAGGUGGUCUUUGAUUGCCGCCCAGCUGCCCGGGAGGACAGACAACGAUAUAAAGAACUACUGGAACACCAAGCUGAAGAAGAAGCUGCUGAAUUCAUAUCUCCUGUCAGCUUCUUCUCCUCAGCCCAACUCUUUCACGGCCAAUUGCCUGAGCGGUUCUUCGAUCGAGCUGGACGACAUAUUUGGUCAGUUCGAUUCAUUCUAUGGACCGAGCGGAAUGACCGCCGGAGAGAUGACGGGAUUGCUCAGCAUGCCUGAUCAGGUUAUAAGCUCUUUGAUGUAUCCUACCAUGGCGGCCGCCGGAACGGGGAGUUACCAAUCCCUGUUUUCUUAG